UGAUCCGCCCCAAUUGGUCCUAGCGGUCCACGGAGAGCUCCACCACAGUAAAACACUUGCACGGUCUCUUACCGCCCUCAUUCCCUCGGCAGCUCCUCGCAACUGUUCGUGAAGUCUUCAUCCUUCGAAAGAUGUCGGACGAGGGAAAGUUGUUCGUUGGAGGUUUGAACUUCACCACGACCGAAGACUCGCUGGCGGCGGCCUUCGGCAAAUAUGGAACCAUCGAAAAAGUGGAUGUGAUCAGAGACAAAGAGACAGGAAGGUCUCGUGGUUUUGGCUUUGUGAAAUAUGAAAAUGUGGAAGAUGCCAAAGAUGCGUUGGAGGCCAUGAACGGAAAGACUCUGGAUGGCCGGUCUAUCCGUGUGGAUGAAGCUGGGAAGGGUGGUGGUCGCUCCAGAGGGGGAUUCAGCGCCGGUGGGUCACGUGGGGGUGGCGGAGGCCGUUUUGGAAGUUCUAGAGGUAGAGGUGGUUACAAUGGAGACCGGAGUUACGGCGGCGGCGACAGGGGUUACGGUGACAGGGGCUUUGGAGGUGGAGACAGGAGCUUUAACAGUGGAGGCGGCGGCGGCGGCUACAGGAGUGGCGGCUACUCGGGCGGCUACAGGGACAAUAGGGGUCAAGGCGGCUAUGGCGGCGACCGUUCAAGCUCAUACCGCGAUGGAUACGACUAUGCUGCAAACGACUAAACAUCUCCCUGAUUCAAGAUCAUCACUUGGCUGGCUGUAUUUCAAAGAUGCGCUCCUCAAGAAAACCCGUCCAUGUUAUUGCUGACCUUAGUUUUGUAGUUCUGUUGUAGUAACAAAGCAUCUUAAAAGAAUGUAGCCUUGAGUUUUUGGUCUUUCGCUUUUUAAAGCAAGGAGGGGAAAAAAAACCACGUGUUUAACAAAAAUUACAGUUAACGGUCUUUGCUUUGCCCAGGGGGCACCACAAAUCUUUUCCCAACUAUGUUAACUGAUAAACUUAUGAGUGGGUCAAUGCCAUGAAACCCAGAAUUUGGGGGUCAGACAAGUCCAUGGCUUUUUUUUUUUUUUUUUUUUUUUUUAAGGAUCUAUACUUUCUCCAAAACGUUCAAGUGUUGCCUGGUUUUCAAUUUUUUAUUUUUAUUUUUGGCACUUGAUGGGGCUCAUUUGUGUCUUUCUGAGGUUCCAGCGACCAGCCUCCCGCCAUUGUUUUAACUCUUGAGGAAAGAUACGAAUUUGACCAGACAGACUGAAGGAGAUAGUGUAGUUUUAAGGCCUAAAAUUCGUUUUUCAAUUAAACUUAGGUUAGUUGGCGCCUCCUGUGUGUUCAAUUUCCCAAAAGCGUGAAUUCCUUUCAGACUGGUGAACUACAAAUCCGAAGGGGCCGGCUGUUCAUGAAGUUGCAAAUUGCAGCAUGCAGUCUGUCCAAGGUAUCUUCUGUGCUCUGCUCAACAUCUGCAUUUAAAAAAAUUAAAAAAAAAAGUGCUGUAAAUUGGACUAAUCUUGUCAAGUGAUCGAAACAAAAUGUAACUCCGUUUCCAAAAGUAAAAUCGCAAUCGGGAACAGCUUUGUACUUUAUGUUCUUUGUAUGGGUUUUUUUUUUUUUUU